UUGAUUUGAAAGGUUAUCGAUCUUUAAACGUAGUCGCGUCGGGGUUUAAACGCGACGUGUUAUUUGUCACGUGGAGUGGUCAGUGCACUAGGGAAUUUGGCUGACAACGGGGAUAGCCGAAACCUAUUUGAAGAGGAUGCAUUUGGCUCGAAAUGAUCGCAUCAACCUUCUUUGUUCUGUUUCUGUUUCAUUUCUUCACUAUUCCUCCCGACGUAGCGCCAUCACCGCUCGACAUCCCAAUUCGUUCUCCACCGCAGAUCAUACCUUCUAGAGACCAUGUCUCCUUCCGCUCUUUCAUCUGCACUUCUGGCUGUUGCAGCGGUGUCUCGCAUCACGUUCGUCAACGCUCAGCCCGACCCUGCUGACCCCACCCCCCUCGUUGACAAGCACUAUGCUUACCCGUCUGGUAUCCCAUACCAAGUCGACUAUAACACCGCUGCUAUCCGCGGUCCCCAAGUCGGUUACAACAUUUGCAACUCCACAACCGAGAAUCAGAACUCCAUGUGUCAAACUUCCUUCGUGAACCACAUCGACGACUUCUGCCUCUGGGCUCCCCCACAGCCUAACUCCACCAUUGGUGACACCGAGGGCCAGGAAGUCGCCUGGUGUACAAAGCCUGGACACGGUACUCGUGUCAUGCCCGCGGGUGCUCUCCAAGGCGUACAGCUCAUCAAGACGCCCAACUACAUCCAGAUUGCCGGUUUCAUUGACCAGACCCAGGUCAACAUUGCUGCUGGUGACUACGGAGGCGAGUUGGACCCCCACGGUGCUGAUCUGCGCGGUAACCCUCUUGGCGGUCUCAUGUACUCCAACGCGUUCCCCAGCAACGGCGGUAACAAUGCCUCUUACCAACAAGUCAUUGACUGGACUAAGUGCGUCCCUUCCAUGCGUCUCCUCUGCUUGUCUGAUAUCUAUUUCAGCUUCAUGGGCGGCGACGCCUUCUGCAUGAAAAUCUGUGACCCCGCCGGUCAAAACCAACAGGCUCUCUGCCAAAACAUCUAUGAUCGUCUCGGUUGCGAAUACAACGCACCCAACAACGCACAGAAGGGUGUCUUUGAGGUCUGUGAAGGUGACGACAUGUCCCCUGUCGGUGUCUACACCACCAACGGUGCUACCUCGACUUACUACCAACCCCCCGAAUCUCUUGGUCCCAUCACCACCGUGCCAUACACUCCCACGCCUGCUCCAAGCUCGAACUGCGUGACGUACGCGAGCACGGCACUAUACACUAGUCAGCCAGCACCAACCGGCGCAGCCACGAGUGCCGGUGCAAGCGGAGCAAAGACAACAGCUAGCGGCACCGGGUCCGCUGUGUCACCAGCUAAAACUGGUGGUGCAGCCACCAUGGGCGUAUCCCUUGGCGCUGGACUUGUGGGUGUGGUAUUCGCAAUGGCGUUCUUGUCAUAAGCCGGUGUGGAUAUCAUUGGGUUGACGGGACGUUGCAUUCACAUUCGCAGGAUACACAUACCACAGUUUUAUCAUUUCAUCUUGUCGCA